AUGAAAUUCAUUUAUUUAUUUGCAUUGUUUCAUACAUUCCAGUCAGAGUUUGAAGGAGAAGCCUGUGAAUUGUGCAGAAAUAAUACCAAAUGUGGACCAAACUGUUCCCAGGACUGUAUGUGUGCCCUGGGUGCUUGCAACAGUGGUAUUUUUGGCAAUGGUGGCUGUGCUCGUGAGUAUUGGUUUACCACGAUGUACAUUGUUUGGGUCUAUGACAAUCCAUGUAAUAAAUCUGACUCAUUGUGUGGAGCCAACAGUCAGUGCCUGCACACUGGGCCGAGCACAUAUGAAUGUGUCUGCAAUGAAGGCUAUCAUAACUUGGGGAAUUUCUGUAUUCCACUAGACCCAUGCCUGGUCAAUAAUGGUGGCUGUGAUAGCACACAAGACUGCAUUUCUCAGAGCCCAUCCCAGGUCAAAUGUCAGUGCAAGUUGGGCUACGAGAGAGACGGAGAUGGGACAAGUUGCAAACUGCAGGACAUCUGUAGCCCUGGAUUAUGUGGUCUCUUUGCUUACUGUGAGACGGCAGAACCUCUGAAACAUAG